UCACUGUCAAUAUCACUCUCACCCGCGCCCCGUGCUAUGGAUGUUGGAUUUGGCAGAAAUAAGAAAGAACAGCUGGAGCCUGUGAGGGCCAGAGUGACAGGCAAGAUUCCAACAUGGCUGCAGGGAAUGCUGCUUCGCAACGGGCCUGGGAUGCACACAGUGGGAGAGACCAGAUACAACCACUGGUUUGAUGGGCUGGCCUUGCUGCACAGCUUCACCAUCAGAGAUGGUGAAGUCUAUUACAGGAGCAAAUACCUGAGAAGCGAUACCUACAACGCCAACAUCGAGGCCAACAGGAUCGUGGUGUCAGAGUUUGGAACGAUGGCCUAUCCGGACCCCUGCAAAAACAUAUUUUCCAAAGCUUUCUCCUACCUGUCCCACACCAUCCCCGAUUUCACAGACAACUGCCUGAUUAACAUCAUGAAGUGUGGAGAAGACUUCUAUGCGACCACCGAGACCAAUUACAUCAGGAAAAUCAACCCACAGACUCUGGAAACCCUGGAGAAGGUUGAUUAUCGCAAGUAUGUGGCUGUAAAUGUGGCAACGUCACAUCCUCAUUAUGAUGCAGCUGGAAAUGUUCUCAACAUGGGCACAUCCAUCGUAGACAAGGGGAAGACAAAAUAUGUGAUCUUUAAGAUCCCUGCCACAGUACCAGAGGACAGGAAGAAGGGGAAGAGCCCCUUGAAGCACACGGAGGUGUUCUGCUCCAUCCCCUCCCGCUCCCUCCUCUCCCCGAGCUAUUACCACAGCUUCGGAUUCACCGAGAACUACAUCAUUUUUCUGGAGCAGCCUUUCAAGUUGGAUAUCCUCAAGAUGGCGACUGCAUACAUCCGGGGAGUGACCUGGGCUUCCUGCCUGGCUUUCCAUAGGGAGGACAAGACCUACAUUCACAUCGUUGACCAAAGGACCAGGAAGCCCAUGCCAACCAAGUUUUACACGGACCCCAUGGUGGUCUUCCAUCACGUCAAUGCCUACGAAGAGGACGGCUGCCUCCUGUUUGAUGUCGUCGCCUACGAGGACAGCAAUCUGUACCAGCUCUUCUACUUGGCGAACCUGAACCAGGACUUCGAGGAGCACUCCAGGCUCACCUCCGUACCUGUCCUCAGGAGGUUCGCUGUGCCCCUGCACGCGGCCCAGGAUGCAGAAGUGGGCUCCAAUUUAAUCAAACUGACAUCUACAACAGCAAGAGCUCUGAAGGAAAAAGACAACCAAGUCUACUGCCAGCCAGAGUUGCUUUAUGAAGGCUUAGAGCUGCCUCGGAUCAAUUAUGCUCACAACGGGAAGCGAUACCGAUACGUCUUUGCCGCUGAAGUUCAAUGGAGCCCCAUCCCAACCAAGAUCCUAAAAUAUGACAUUCUCACGAAGUCGUCCUUAAAAUGGGAAGAGGAGCAUUGCUGGCCGGCGGAACCACUGUUUGUGCCCACACCGGGUGCCGAGGACGAGGAUGAUGGAAUUAUCUUAUCAGCAAUUGUCUCUACUGAUCCCCAGAAGCCACCUUUUCUGCUUAUUCUGGAUGCCAAAAGCUUUGCAGAAUUGGCUCGCGCAUGCAUUGAUGUUGAUAUGCACCUGGACCUCCAUGGGUUAUUCAUCCCAGAUGCAGACUGGGACGCGAGGAAGCAGACCGCUUCCCAGGAAGCAUGGGACAGGGCUUCUGACUGCCACGGGGCCCCGCAGACCUGAGACUCAGCCCAGGAGGAACAGCUCCCCUGGCAGCCUCCCAGCACUCCAGGCCUUAUUCCUCUCUGGGUGGAGGGCAGGUCCUUCGUUUCAUUUUGAACUUUAUUCUUUCCCCGGUUGCUUUGAGACGACGGUGUGGAGACAGAGCUUGUCAGUAUCUUCUCUUUCAUCUUAUUUUGGCCAUAAAAACCUUGUUUGAAAGCCGAUCAAAUAUCUGUUGAUUAGCUCCAGCACUUCUAAGAAUGCCCCUUUCUUUUAUCAUAAAGACAGUGACCAUGAAUCGGAAAUUGUAUCAUCACGUGAUCAUCGUUCUUAGAAUGAGCGGCCACUGACAUAUGACAGAAGAGACAGAGAAAUUGUUAUCAUUGCUCCUUCCUGCCUCCCCUCUCUUCCUUCCCCCUCUCCCUUCUUCCCAGUGGACUAGAUUGUCAUCUGGGAGUUCUAGCUUUCUCAGUCAUGCCCUGUUCGUAAAUUAUGUGGCCGAGAAGGCGUGUUGCU